ACACUCACACUCACACACACACACACACACACAGGGACCCCCCCCCCCCACAGUCAACCCUUUAAAUACAGCUCCUCUCCAGUUGCUCGUCCUCGGUGAUCACAUCCCCGCUGCCGGCAAGUCGACUUCACAAGUUCUCCUCAACUCUCUAAACCGAGCCUCCUCAGCAGACAUGGAACGUACCUUCCUCGCCGUGAAGCCCGAUGGCGUCCAGAGGGGUCUGUGUGGCGAGAUCAUGAAGCGCUUCGAGCAGAGAGGCUUCAGACUCGUCGCCGCCAAGUUCAUGCAGGCGUCCGAGGACCACAUGAAGAAACACUACCUGGAUCUGAAGGACAUGCCCUUCUACGCCGGACUCUGCAAAUACAUGUCGUCAGGACCCGUGUUCGCCAUGGUGUGGGAGGGGCAGAACAUCGUGAAGCUGGCCAGGAUGAUGCUGGGCGAGACAAACCCCGCUGACUCCAAGCCAGGCAGCAUCCGUGGAGACCUGUGCAUCAACAUCGGCAGGAACAUCAUCCACGGCAGCGACACCCUGGAGAACGCCAAGACCGAGAUCGAGCUGUGGUUCAAGGCCGACGAGUUCGUCGCCUACACCUCCUGCGCCCAGGCCUGGCUGUACGAGUAGGACCCGUCCCGUCGACCGACCGACCGACCGGCCGGCCGGACCUGGUUCCUCUCGUCAAUCUCAGACAUGUUGCACUUUUCAAUAAAGUCUCAUGUUGUUAACAACAA